CCGAGUGGGGCGGCCGCCGAGUCACGUGGCCAGCGGGAAGAACUGGAGGAGCGCGCGGCGCGGGUGGCGGGGAGAAGAUGAGGGCAGCGAGAGACAACGACGGCGAGGAGGACGAGGAGCAGGCGAGGGGAACACCUGCGGCAGCAGGAACAGGUGAAGGUGGACGAGAGAUGGCCUGUCAGAUUGCAGAGUUGCAGGUCAUUGUAGCUGAGCUGAGGACUGGAUUAAUGAGAGCGAUGCAGGAUGUGUCUGACAUGCAACACGACGACCGGAGUCUGGAGAGGAAGAUGAAGGACUACCAGGAGGAAAUAGAGGACAAGCUGAUGACCGUUAAAAACUCACUGAACACGCUAAAGGGUGAGGUGGGCUAUUCUGUGAAGCUGAUCAAUGAGCUGAGCGCCAGACAACGACAGCUGCAGAGGACCUUUGAUGUGUUCCAGUUUGGGUCAGACCGAGGCCUGCUGCUGGCCCCACACUGGAAAAGCCAGAAAGAGGAGAUCCCAGCUAACAGCGACCUGCUUCUGCCAAGUCAGCCCGGCCUCAGGGUCAUCCAGAAGCACUUUUCAAGUGUAAGCAACAGUCCAGCCACUGAAAAAGCACCAGGAGGAGACAGAGAGGUCGUCUGCCAAGAGGGAGUUCAUCAGCGAGGCUUCCCACAAUCCCCUGUGUGGCCGGAAAAACUAGAGCCCACUGAAUAUAUUGAAGGGCUGUACAGCAAAGACAACAAGAAUGCAGCUGGGGAAUGUGACAGGACAAAAUGGAGCUUGUCAGACGGAGAGCAGCGUGGCAGUGCGUACUCAAGUAAGAGGCAGAUGGCUGCUUUGGAGAUUCUGGAGUCGGAGCGGGCAUACGUGUCACACCUGUCCUUGCUACUUAAGGCCAACAUCGCCUUUAAUGGAUCAGAAACUGCACAUACAAAGGACAAAAGGCCAUUUCCUACUUGUCUGCGAUUCCUCAUCCAGCACCACCUGGACCUGCUUCACGUUCUUCAGGAUCGUGUCCUAAAACGCCAGUGGCAAGGCAUCGUGGGGGAUGUGUUCAUGAAGUUAACGAGCAAACAGAGUCAUUUCCUCGAGUGCUACACCGCGUACCUGAAGGAGCUUCCCAAGUGCCUUUCAGUGGUCAACAUCUGCCCCGGGUCCUUCAAGUCGGCUUUUCUCGAGGAAGAGUCUUCCAAAAGUGUGUCCUGCCCUUCUCUGCAUAUGCUACUCUUACGACCUGCGCAGAGAAUCCAGGAAUACGCAGGAUUAGUACAGGACCUCUUUAAACAGACCGAGCCUGAUCACCCGGACUUCUACUUGCUGCCAGUCUGCAGCCAGCAGCUCAGCGCCUUUGUAAAUCAGAGCGGUGACCUGCUGCAGCACACCAAGGACGCGAGGAUACGAAGUAAGCGACAUGCCAAGAGGCAGAACUUAACUGAUGGAUCCAGUUGGACGGCAAAGUUAAGGGAACACCCCAAGGUCACCAAAGCUAACAAUCUGGACUCAGAGUGCAGAAAACCCACCAAAGUGGAAUGUUUAACCCAAAGCACCGCACACAACCCAGAGCCUGAGCUCCGGACACAGUCUCUGCCGCUGCAGGCUGUCCCAGAGAAGGACCCCGAGUCAACUUCCGUAGGGCACCACCUUGGUAAGGUCAUCGGCAAUCCUGUCAGUGAGCCCCUGAUGCUGCCUUAUCUGGACAGCUACCUGCUAGAAGAGGAUGAACUGGAUCCUGAAGGCCUUUUUGAAGAGGGAGACUCCUUGCAGAACCUCUCACUCUUUGAUAACUGCUCCAGCGUCUCCUCCAGUUCCAGCCUGGGGGUCUCCCUUGGCCACAGCGAGAAAUUUACAAGGCACUCGGAGAUGUUAGCCUUCCAUCCCGAGACUCACCAGCUGCACAUCCACCCACCACUGCAAGCAACUCAGAGGAAGAGCAAGUCACUCAACGGUCUGCAGCUUGACAGCCUCAUUACUACCGACAGCAACCGCAAGUUGGCACUCUUUGUGAAUCCUCACAGCAGCACUGAUGGUAUUAUGAAAAGCAAGGUGGCGAGGCCUCCCAAACCGGCCCAAAUCCCAAGAUCUCCAAGGAGUUUCAUGGCUGCACACAAAAUACGAGGGGCAGUCCGAACGAUGAUGACCGAAGAAAAGAGGACAGAAAUUGAGAAGCAGGAGUCUCCAUCUGUGACCAAGAACGAGAAGGUCAAGGCGAGUCUAAGCAGCCCACAGAAGAGCCACGCCAAGCUCACCAGCAGCAAAUCGGAGCCAAAAGGAUUCAAGAGCUCCUUCCGCAAACUCUUCAAAAUGAGGUCAAGCGGAGGCAACGUUAAGGAGAAAUCGCAUGACAAAAUAACUGAAGGUGCCACAACUGCAGCCGAUGAACCACUAACACCAAUUUGUGCGUUUGGUCAGCGCAGAAAAGCAGACAAGUGGACUCCUGUUUAAAACCCGGCACGCCUCCCGCUGGCACACCAUGGUAGGUCGUCUUAGCAGAGACGACUUUGGAUGUGCUCUCCGACAUUGUCGCUUGAAGGAACUUUGCAUUUUUUGCCAUCAGAUCUUUUAGGUACCUUUUCCAAUAAUAUUCAUGAAGUUCUACACCAAGAGGCACCAAGCAAACCUUCUGCACUGCCUAUCACAACUGACGACAGUUCAAUCUAAUCAGCCUCAAAGCGCUGGAGGCCCCAAGUGUGGCCCAUAGCACCAGAGACCCAGAUAGCCUGGCAGGAUCAGCUACCACCUUAGUAGGGUUUAUGGUUGUAAUGGCAGGUAACCUUGGGUUAAGGCCUUCCUCAAGUUCUCAACUCUCUUUACUCACUCAUAUUGGAGCCUGUGGCUGCCAUGCAGGCCAAAAUCAAACCUUCAUUCGUAUAUGAAGUAUGCUUGCUAAUCUGUUUCUGAAAAUCCCUUCAUUGGGUGAAUUUUCAUCACACAAACACAUAAAUACCAUUAUAUGGAAUAUGAUUUUAGGCAACCUUUGGCCCCCAAACAAGGACUUACUUCUUGCUGAAAUAACACAAAUAUCCUUGACAACUAACAGAAAUAAUGAUAUUACAUCAUCAAAACAAAACCUAAUGAGAAAUUUAUCCUUCAUUAAAUUCUGUUGCUGUUGACAUACUUUAAGGAGCUCUGAUGCUCAACAGUAAUGUGAUAUGAUAAGUGAGUAACACUGAACGUGAACAAUAACACUCGAGUGCAGCGUCCCUGGUGACAUUAGUUUUCAUUCAGGAGAAAAACUUAAAACAAGUUAGAAAAUGACUGCAUGGCAUAUCAUUCAGGGACUUAGUUACCUGAUCUGAAUGCUCAUUUUUUUUGUUACUUCAAAGAGUCAGUUAUCACAUUUCCAUUAAUUAAAUAUUUUUGUUAAGAGUGAAUCAUAAUCAAAAAUGGCAGUGAUAACAGAAUGCAAUGACAUGUAUUGGUAGAGUACCUUCAAUCCACGCUCUUUAACCGCACUUAACGUCACGUCGGUAAAAACCGAGAGCCCAAAUAGGCUUUCAAAGAGCAGCAGAUUCUAAUUCAAAUGAUGCAAGAAUAGCAUUGAGGGGGUCGGUGAAUAACCGGCGUUCGAACUUCUUAAACAUGACAUUUUUCAAAGUAACACUACAUGGAGAUUUCAAAUCUCAGUUGAAGUUCCAAGGUAAAUCGCUGGCUGCUUUGGACCAUGAUGGAGAGCACAUCCAGAGAUUUUUACAUAAAUGGCAGUGUCAGAGAAAUACUGAAACGCUAUAAUGCGUGAGAUAAGGCGGCCAGGCGGUUCUUUUCAUCACAACAACAUAAAUAUUGAGUACAUACAGUUUAUGCUUGUUUUCCACGGGGGUCAAAUUCCUGAAAAAUCCUGUAGAAAUGGAAACCAUGGAGACUGAAGCAUUGAUCCUAUUGGAAAAAUGGGGUUAGGUUCCAGAAGAGCCGAUUUGCUAUUCACAUUUGCUGCGUCGUCAACAUAAACGUGUAAUUUCAGUUACCGAAAAUCAACUAAGUGCAUCACAACACAUUUGCAAUAGCAGCACUGGGCAAAACCUUUUCAGUAGCAUUACCCUUCAUUACCAUAGUUGAAAUUGAACAACAUUUAUCUGAAAAUCUGUGUAAGAUAUUAUCAGAACGUGGGGACCUUUUGACACAACGGAAGCCACAAGAACGAGAUUGCAGCUUCCUUUUGUGGAGCUUGUGUUGCUGUUACGCGAGAGGCUUCUCAGAGUUUUUUUUUUGUACUGCAUAUGGCUGUGAGUAGGCCUGAGUAGGCCAUGGGUGUCACAAAAUAGGUUCUACUUUUAUGUAGGUGGAUAAGCAAACUCACGGUAAUGGAAACCGCAGAUAGCAAGGAUACACUGUAUAAUGUUUGUUCACUCUGUACUUACAGGGUGUCGCAUGAUUUGAGACUUUGUUUUUUUAUGGUUAACUUACCUCAUGCAGAAGGAGAAGUGUGCUGCACAGGCACCUCUCCUGGCAUUUGACAAACUUGUAUUGGGUAUCUGUGGUGCCAUUGUGAGCAGCUGGCAGUACCAGAGUUAACAGUAGAACAUCUUCAAAAUAUACAAUUUGAAAUGACCUCUCUGAAAGUAAAUUUGAAACAGUAAACCAAUUCUGAAUAGAAGUCGGACAGAAUGUUUCUCGAUAGAGUAGUUUUCUAAUUUCUCAGAGCUCUUCCAUAGGAGAUUUUACAAUUUCAAAACGUUGUACAGUGCGCUGCAUUCAAGAUCUUUGAAUUGAACUUUCCCAACAAAUUUCCUUGUAAAAUAAGUGUGGCAAAUUUGAACAAAAUUGUUGUACCAAGAGCCAAGUUGCUUCAUGCAGACAAGCAGGCAGAGAGAGAGAGAGAUGUGGCAUCAGCAGUAGGUGCUCUCCGCAUUAUAUGUGAAUACACUUGAAAACAAACAAACAGCAAGGACACAAAUACAUCAGUUUGAGUAAACUUGCUUCUGUACAAGUCACUUUUUUAAUGUUAGUUCUCGUUACAUUUUUGCGCACAAGUGGCCCGUGUACAGCUAAUCCCCAGCACAAAUGAAUUAAAGGCACGUCGUGGCAACAAAUGGAUCAGGCAUGCAACUAGCACCAG